CUACAACAAUGAUCAGGAAACCAAUCCAAAAGGAAAGAAAAAAGAAAAGAAAAGAAAUAGUUUGUGGUUAGUAAUUAGCGCCAGUUUGAAUGGGAUGAUUGCUGCUAUUUCUUUAAAUUUGUCAUUAAAACAAGGGUCAAGUAGGUUUAAAGGAGGGGGGGUCUUUUUCACGUUGUUUGAUUCAUGUAGUUUUCUUAUAGUAGCUCCACUACAAUAAAGAGAAUUAGACGCAGGAGGAAUAGAGAGGUUCAGAGUUCAUUCCACCACUAAAAAAUAGUGGCCAAUGAAUUUAGGCACUGGGGGAGGAAAUCUUUGCCAGGGAUAAAGGGUGUACAGCAGUGGCUGGCAGAGGUUGUCUCCUCCCCUGCCAAGUCCCCCCUCUUUCUGGGAGGGGUGAAGAAAAGGAUCCUACGAAACUGCGACCUCGGCGACCGGCUGGGGUACUCCGUGGCUCCCAUCUGACAGCUGGUUCCUCUCUCUGGCCGCGUCUGCCCGGUCUUCGGAUCUCUCGGUGACACCGCUUGCUAGAACUUGGCCGGUCUUCGGGGCGGACCUUUCGGAAACAGACUGCUCCGCUCUGCUUCGCAGUUUUGUCAAGUUGAGACCAAGAUGGGCAAAUUUGCCUCCUCUGUGCUUCUGGUUUUUAGCCUGCUUCUGCUCUCCGCCGGAGUCUGCGGUGACAAUAUCUGUACCACAAGAGGAGCGAGUUCGUGUCAACAGUGCCUGGCUGUAAAUCCACGUUGUGCUUGGUGUUCCGAGGUGUUCAACCUCCAACAGGAUAUGCCAAAUGCUUUCUCUCGCUGUGACUUAAUGGAAAAUCUUCUUCAGAAUGGUUGCACAAAAGAUUUUAUAGAGUAUCCAAUCAGCAGGACCUUCACACGGGAGGCCAGACCUCUUAGUGCCAAAGGAUCAGGGAGUAACAUCACCCAAAUAUUUCCACAGAAGAUUGAGCUCCACCUGCGUCCAGAUGACUCCCAAAUUUUCUCAAUACAAGUGCGCCAGGUGGAAGAUUAUCCCGUGGACAUCUACUAUCUAAUGGAUUUGUCCAAUUCCAUGAAGGAUGACCUCCACAAUAUCCAGAACUUAGGUACCAAUCUAGCCAUGAAAAUGCGCAAAGUGACCAGCAACCUGAGGAUUGGCUUUGGAGCUUUUGUGGACAAACCCUUGUCCCCUUACAUGUACAUUUCUCCUCCAGAGGCCAUUGAAAACCCAUGUUAUGACUUGAAACCACCAAAUGAUCACUGCCUGCCAAUGUUUGGCUACAAGCAUGUCCUAGCUCUCACAGAUGAGGUCAAGCGUUUCAAUGAGGAGGUGAAGAAGCAAAGUGUGUCUAAGAAUCGAGAUGCACCUGAAGGAGGAUUUGAUGCCAUUAUCCAAGCAGUUGUCUGUGAUGAUAAAAUUGGCUGGAGACCUGAUGCCUCCCACUUGUUGGUCUUCACUACAGAUGCCAAGACACAUAUUGCUUUAGAUGGGAGACUGGCUGGAAUUGUGAUACCCAAUGAUGGGAAGUGCCACAUGAACAGCAAUAACUAUUAUGAAGCUUCUACCACACUGGAUUACCCAUCUCUUGGUCUGUUGACAGACAAACUCUCACAGAAAAACAUUAACUUGAUUUUUGCAGUGACUCAGAACAUAGUUGGUCUCUACCAGAACUACAGUGAGCUGCUCCCAGGCACUACUGUAGGGACCUUGUCAAGGGACUCAAGCAAUGUUCUACAGCUCAUUUUGGAUUCCUAUGGGAAAAUCCGUUCCAAAGUGGAACUAGAAGUCCGUAAUCUCCCAGAGGAAUUAUCCCUCUCAUUUAAUGCCACCUGCCUGAAUAAUGAAGUCAUUCCUGGAGUUAAAUCUUGUGUUGGACUCAAGAUCGGCGAUACAGUGAGCUUCAGUGUGGAAGCGAAGGUCCGCGGUUGUCCAAAGAACCAGAAGAACUCUUUCACCAUUAAGCCAGUGGGCUUUGAAGACAGCCUGACUGUCCUGUUGAACUUUAACUGUGACUGUGUUUGCCAGAAUUACUCUGAACCUUACAGCAAUCACUGUAACAAUGGGAAUGGCACUUUUGAAUGUGGGAUGUGCCGUUGCCACCCAGGCCGGCUGGGUUCCCAGUGCGAGUGCUCUGAGGAAGAAUAUGGCCCCUCCCACCAAGACAAUUGCAGCCCAGGUCAGGGACAACCACUUUGCAGCCAGCGGGGAGAAUGUAUCUGUGGCCAAUGUGUUUGCUACAGCAGUGACUUUGGCAGGAUAUCAGGCAAAUACUGUGAAUGUGAUGACUUCUCCUGUGUUCGCUACAAAGGAGAAUUAUGCUCAGGACAUGGGAAAUGCAUCUGUGGGGACUGUGCCUGCAACCCUGACUGGACUGGAACAUAUUGUAACUGUACAACUCGGACAGACACCUGCAUGUCCAGCAAUGGGCUGGUGUGCAGUGGGCAAGGCCGAGGAUACUGUGCCUGUGGGAAAUGUGUCUGUACUCAGCCUGGCUCUUUCGGAGAUACCUGUGAGAAGUGCCCAACCUGCCCUGAUGCCUGCACCAUCAAAAAGGAAUGUGUGGAAUGCAAGAAGUUUGAGAGAGGAAUCCUGAUAGAUCAAAACACCUGCAACCGCAAUUGCCGGGAUGAAAUUGAAUUGGUUCAGGAACUUGGAGACAAGGGGAAAGAUGCUGUGAACUGUACAUACAAGGAUGAGGAUGAUUGUGUAGUGUACUUCCAAUAUUAUGAGGACUCCAGUGGCAAAUCUAUCCUCUAUGUUAUUGAGGAACCAGAUUGUCCCAAGGGACCUGAUGUCUUGGUAGUUCUCCUUUCAGUAACUGGAGCCAUCUUACUUAUUGGCUUGGCUGCUUUGCUCAUCUGGAAACUGCUUAUUACCAUCCAUGACCGACGAGAAUUUGCCAAAUUUGAAGAAGAGCGAGCCAGGGCUAGAUGGGACACGGCCAACAAUCCCCUGUACAAAGGAGCUACUUCCACCUUCACCAACAUUACAUAUCGUGGGAAUUCAUGAGAUUACAGUCUUCCAAGGUCUUCUCCAUUCAUGUUUACAGAACUGUCUCUGUUACGGGUGUGAGAGAUUUAAACAAACAAACAAAAAAAAAACAGCCAUUGCUCAAGAGCCUUCACUGUUCUGCUGUCACAAGAAAAUAUCUGCAGUGUGAUUCUUCCAAGACUCUCUUUUUUACCUCAGCUCGCCCAGGGCUAUGGCCUGGACACAUAUACCGAAGAAGAAAGCAGGACUUGCUCUUCAGUAUGAACAGCACUGCAUAAAUCCAGGGUUAAAAAAAGAUUCUAUCUGAACAAGGAGUCAUAAUUAUUUAGCUUUAUAAUCUAACUCAGAUGUGAACUAGUGAAAUUUGGGGUAGAGGAGCUUUGAAAGAUUCAUGUUAUCUAAGCCUAUUACAAGCUGAACCCAAAGUCCUUCACCCAGGCAGAGUUUCAGAUGGUUACUGGUGCUGCUGGUGCUGCUGCUACUGCCCCUUUCCUUUAACUUUCCAAACAUACAAGGCAUUGGUUGGGUUGGUCAAGGGAGCAGUGUGCUGCACACUGCUGUCCAACAUGAAUAGUUCAAGGAAGCAAGGGAGAUCCUUUCUUCAAAAAUCCUUGCUCCUAAUAAAGUUAGCUUAGGGGAAUGGAGUACAGGAAAGGAGUUCAUUCUGAGGCUUAGGAACCUGUCCAGUUCUAUUUUACUGUCAUUGCAAUUGCAAACUUGAACUUCCAAAUGAAUUCAGAAAUAAGGCAUGUUCUAUUGGAGGCUUAAAGAAAAAUACAUUUUGAAAUCCAACAUUUUACAUACUACAUCAGAAUUCCAAUAUUUUUAGACUAUUCUUUUUGUUAUAUUUAUCCCAAGAUUAUAAUAUAAUAAAUUCCUUGCUUUUAAUUUUUAGAAGGAAAGAGUUCCUAGAGUGUAUAGAUGAUUUGCUUUCUCUAGUGAAAAAAAGCACUCAGCAUUAAUCUCUUUUGUAUGCUGACUUCACAUAUUUCUAGGCCUCUAGCUCAGAUUAUAUUCCUUCUAGAUAAUAUUUCACAUAACAUUUGUAUCUUGGUAGGUUUACACAUGAUAACAAGUUCUAGUGUAGAAUUUUUGUUAUUGGCUUAGCAUCAUGUACAAAUCCAUUCACUGUAUUGAUAUUGUAUAUAAACUGGCCUCUGGCCAUUUAACUUUUCUAUAGAAAUAGCACGAGUUGCACUAGAUGAUGCCCAAAGGGCCUUUCACACCUUAUAGCCUAUGCUUCUGGUCAACAAACCAUAAUUUUAAAAUCCUUACUGCAAUAUGUGGACUUCAGCACCUGUGCAUGAGUAUAUACUUGAUCUUCUUGGGGGAGGUUGAAGAAGAAAAUGUAGGUCAGCCAUAGAACAUAUGCUUUACAUACCAGAAGUCCCAUGUUUAAUCCCCAGCAUAUCAGUCUAGAAAUCUAUUGUCCAGCAAGAGUGAGCCCUUUGAACAUUGCUGCCUACAAGUACAGUGCAAGGUAACUACAUAAAUUCAUAUCAUUCACCAUGUAAACCCAGAAAUCUCCUUAUCAGUAAAUGACAUAAUAGGUAGGAUUUGCCACUUGCUUAACAAUGCUUCACCCAAAACUUUGGGAUAGGUUCUUCUCAGGUCCUGCUUUUCACUCAGGGAAUCAAUGCUCAUCUAGGUGACUGUCCUAUAUGACCAGAAAACUCUCCCUCAAGUUUUCUGAAGCAGGGGGGACUUGCUGAAACAACCUGAUUAAAUUCUUGAGAUCUUUUGUAUCAUAGUCUCUAAUGUAGGUAAAGAAUGGAAGAUGUUUGGCAGGAUGAAGAAUUGUCAUAUCUGACUUUCAACAGUUCUUUCCAUCCUGUGGCUUUUUCCAUCUAGAGACUUAAUUGCCAUAUCUAAACUUGGGAGCAGAAUAAUAUAAUACAUGCCUUUCCUUUCUCUUUUGUUUUCUGCAACUGCAUUAGCACCUUCACUGCUCUAACACUUCCUAUAGAUAUAUGUGGCAUCUAUAGAUCUCUCUGCUGAAGAGUAGCACCUUUCCAUUAGAAAUAGCUGCUUCCGUAAUUAAGAAAAUGAUAUUUCAUUCUCCUACUAAUAAGUGUUGAAAACAAAUGUUACUAGAAAUACUAGAAAGAUUUUCGUAAAAAGAUUUUUUUUUCUUAAGAUUUUCUCUGGAAUGGUGAUUUGCACUGAACCAACUUUGAGGUAUUCCUUUUAUUAUUUUCCCCAGUCAUUCUUCUAGUUCCCUUAUCCCAAAGUCAAUGUAUUUUCAUUUCCAAAAUUGUUGAAUCCUAACUAUGUUGGUUAAAAAAAGGGGGGGGGAAGAGGCCAAGAAGUGAGGCUACUCUUUCCUGAACUGAGAUCAUAAUGAAGGGCAGAAUUAUUUUGAAUAAUGUUGGUUAAAAGUAAGGCCAAUGUGGCCUUUUGUAUAAGUAAAAGAGUGCCUGUGGCACAUAUAAAUAAAGAGUCUCACUAAUGUA